CAAAUACAACCAAACAACCCUGGCAGGUGGAAACAGCCCUCUUCGCUAGCUGACGGCGAGUCUCACAGUCUAGUAGGGAAGAGUUCACCUACAUCUCCUUCCUUCGCAGCUCCAACCAUGCAUUGGCUGUGGAAAAUUCCAAGAUAUUGUACCCUUUGGGGUACUCAGAUGUCCAUUCGUACAUUCCAAAUUAAUAGCAAGAAACUAACACCCAUACCAUGGGGCAACCAGAAAGAAGUACCUGCCAAGUUCAACUUCGCUAGUGAUGUGAUAGACCACUGGGCCAACAUGGAGAAGGCUGGCAAGAGACCUUCUCGCCCAGCCCUGUGGUGGGUGAGUGGCAGCGGGGAAGAGCUGAAGUGGAACUUCCGAGAACUGAGUGAACUCAGUCAACAGGCAGCCAAUGUCCUCUCGGGGGCCUGUGGCCUACAGCGUGGGGACCGAGUGGCGGUGGUCCUUUCUCAAGUCCCAGAGUGGUGGCUGGUAACCCUGGGCUGCAUACGGACUGGCCUUGUCUUCAUGCCUGGAACCAUCCAGAUGAAAUCCACGGACAUACUCUACAGGCUGCAGUCAUCCAAUGCCAGGGCCAUUGUGGCUGGUGAUGAAGUAGCCCAGGAAGUGGACACCGUGGCUCCGGACUGCCCUUUUCUGAAAGUCAAGUUGCUGGUGUCUGAAAAAAGGCGAGAAGGAUGGCUGAACUUCAAGACACUGCUGAAGGAUGCAUCCAGCACUCAUCACUGUGUGGAGACUGGAAGCCAUGAACCAGCUGCCAUCUACUUCACUAGUGGAACCAGUGGCCCUCCCAAGAUGGCAGAGCACUCCCAUUCCAGCCUGGGCAUCAAGGCCAAGAUGGACGCUGACUCCUGGACAGGCAUGGAUGUCUCUGACACAGUAUGGACCAUCUCAGACACGGGUUGGAUAGUGAACAUAAUAGCUGCAUUUCUGGAACCCUGGACACUGGGAGCAUGCACGUUUAUCUAUUUUUUGCCAAAGUUUGACCCAAAGACUGUUCUAAAGGUGCUGUCCAGCUAUCCCAUCAACAGCAUGGUGGGUGCCCCCCUCAUCUACCGGAUGUUGGUGCAACAGGAUCUUUCCAGUUACAAGUUCCCACAUCUGCAUAGUUGCUUCACUGGAGGUGAGAGCCUUCUCUCAGAGACUCUGGAGAACUGGAAAGCCAAGACGGGCCUGGACAUCCGAGAAUUCUACGGCCAGACAGAAACGGGACUCACCUGCAGAGUUUCCAGGACAAUGAAGGUUAAACCAGGCUCCCUUGGAACAGCCAUUCCCCAUUAUGAUGUACAGGUCAUAGAUGAACAUGGAAACGUUUUGCCCCCUGGCAAGGAAGGAGACAUAGCCAUCAGGGUGAAGCCUAUCCGGCCAGUAGGCAUCUUCUCUGGAUACGUGAACAAUCCCAAGAAGACAGAGGCCAAUAUUCGAGGAGACUUUUGGCUCCUGGGAGACCGGGGAAUCAAGGACCCAGAAGGGUAUUUCUACUUCCUAGCGCGGACAGACGAUAUCAUUAAUUCCAGCGGGUACCGUAUUGGACCAUCAGAGGUAGAGAACGCAUUGAUGGAGCACCCUGCCGUGGCCGAGACAGCUGUGGUCAGCAGCCCGGACCCUUCCAGAGGAGAGGUGGUAAAGGCAUUUGUGGUCCUUGCCCCUGAGUUCCUGUCCCAUGACCCAGACCAGCUCACCAAGUUGCUGCAGCAGCACGUGAAGUCAGUGACAGCGCCCUACAAGUACCCCAGGAAGGUGGAGUUCGUCUCGAACCUGCCCAAGACCAUCACAGGGAAAAUCAAUCGAGCAAAGCUCCGAACUGAGGAAUGGAAAACAUCAAGACAAGGCCAGGCCCAGUGAGACUCCCAAGGCCCUCACUGGGGUUCUGUCUUCCCAUUCUUUCCUGUGACUUCUCAGUCUUCCUACGAAGACAAAAGAUGACUCAUACAGAGG